GAAACGGGAGCUAAACUUCAACGUUAACCGUUUGCUGUCCGCCCUAAGCGGUGAGGUCAGGGGACGUUGCAUGUUGAGUUCGUCCUUAGACCUGUCAGUUAGAGGAUGAACCAUGUUUCUGCACUAUGUUAGACCGGUGGGUUCCCUCAUUCGGAGCAGGAGUGUAAAUGCUGCAGUUUCCAGGUUAUAUCAUGCGGACAAAGUGGCAACAGUGGGCUCGCAGCCCGAUUCGCAGUCUCCGGUCUUUCAGGAAAAUUAUGAUCAAAUGCAAGUGCUGGUGAAGGAGUUGAAGGACAGAGCAGAAAAGAUCAAACUCGGAGGUGGAGAAAAAGCAAGAAACCUACACACAUCCAGAGGAAAGCUCCUGCCUCGGGAACGCAUCGACAGACUGUUGGACCCUGGGUCUCCAUUUCUUGAGUUCUCCCAGUUUGCUGGCUAUCAGUUAUAUGGUAGUGAGGAGGUUCCUGCGGGAGGCAUAAUCACUGGUAUUGGUCGGGUGUCAGGGGUGGAAUGUAUUAUAGUUGUGAAUGAUGCUACUGUCAAAGGUGGAACCUAUUAUCCGGUCACUGUGAAGAAGCACUUGCGUGCCCAAGAGAUUGCACAGCAAAACCAUCUACCGUGCAUAUAUCUGGUGGAUUCUGGAGGAGCCAAUUUACCCAGACAGGCAGAUGUGUUCCCAGACAGAGAUCACUUUGGACGCAUCUUCUUCAACCAGGCUCGCCUUUCCUCGGAGGGCAUUGCACAGAUUGCUGUUGUGAUGGGCUCCUGUACAGCAGGGGGCGCCUAUGUGCCUGCGAUGGCUGAUGAGAGCGUCAUAGUACGCAAACAAGGGACCAUUUUUCUGGGUGGACCACCGCUGGGGCAUGUUUUGCCACUCUGUAUUCAACAGGUAAAAGCUGCUACAGGAGAAGAGGUGUCUGCUGAAGACCUGGGAGGUGCAGACCUUCACUGCAGAAAGUCGGGUGUAACUGAUCAUUAUGCCCUGGAUGAUAAUCACGCUCUUCAUCUUGCACGCAAAGCCGUACGAAGCCUGAACUACAAGAAGAAUCUUGAUGUCACUGUUGAAACUCCCGAGGCUCCUCUGUUUCCUGCCGAUGAGCUUUAUGGUAUUGUGGGGGACAACCUCAAACGCAACUUUGACAUUCGAGAGGUUAUCGCUCGUAUUGUUGAUGGCAGUAAAUUCGAUGAAUUCAAGGCCUUCUAUGGAGACACACUCGUCACAGGUUUCGCACGGAUAUUUGGUUAUCCUGUGGGAAUUAUUGGCAAUAAUGGUGUGCUGUUUUCAGAAUCUGCAAAGAAGGGAACUCAUUUCAUUGAGCUUUGCUGUCAGAGAAACAUUCCGCUGCUCUUUCUUCAAAAUAUUACAGGCUUCAUGGUUGGCAGGGAGUAUGAGGCUGGAGGUAUUGCUAAAGAUGGAGCUAAAAUGGUGACCGCUGUGGCCUGUGCCAAUGUGCCUAAGAUUACUGUCAUCAUUGGAGGAUCGUAUGGUGCGGGGAACUAUGGCAUGUGCGGCAGAGCAUAUGGCCCCAGGUUCCUGUACAUGUGGCCUAAUUCCCGGAUCUCUGUGAUGGGAGGGGAGCAGGCAGCCACAGUGCUGGCCACCAUAACUAAGGAUCAAAAAGCCAGGGAAGGAAAAGAGUUUACUGUAGAGCAGGAAGCUGCAAUGAAAGAGCCAAUUAUCAAACGCUUUGAGGAGGAAGGAAACCCAUAUUAUUCCAGUGCCAGAUUGUGGGAUGAUGGGAUCAUUGACCCUGCCGACACUCGACUGGUCCUAGGCGUGAGUCUGAGUGCUGCUCUCAAUGCUCCUACACAGAAAACACGCUUCGGUGUCUUCAGAAUGUAAAUCUGGUUUUGUAAAGAUUAGACAUUUUUAAUUAAAUCAAUUUACUAUGUCUUUUGGGCAGUACACACUAACUUUAUAGACUUGUUUUGUCUUUGUAUAACAAUAAAAUCUGUAAAACCAG